CUCGAAAGUUAAACUUGGACUGGAGGCGCGAUAACCUAUAUCUAGGCUAAUAACUUCUUACUACCGGGCUAUUACUUCUUUCGAGGCUCGCGGUCCUUUUUAUUUGAUCUGGCCUAGUAGUCCCUCUUUUUUUGUUCUUGGCGAUAUGUCCUACUCGCAAAGCGAUACCUCUCAUUCAACCUGUCAUGUCCAAGCGAACAAGAAAAACGUCUUCCGAGUCAGUAUUGGCGACACAACAUCAUGUUCUUCUCUGUCUGCGGCUGGGCCACAGACCCCUCCCAAUAUCAAUUUCGGGCACGGACGAUUUCUCUCUCUGACUUCCAUGAAGACGAGUGCACAGGAGCCGUGUAUUAUCGCUGAUGUAUUCUAUACUCUCCCGUCUUCGCCAUCGCUGGAGUCGAGUCCGGGCUCGACCAGAAUCCUAGACGACUCCUUUCUUCAAGACUCGACCUCACAGGAUGUCCUGCCGAGUAUUCCCCCAUCAAUUUCGGCAUUCGACAUAAUCGGGACGCUCGGUCGGGGAACGUACGGGAAGGUUCUCCUGGGUACGCGUCCAGACGGAUGUGGCCUGCGCGCCAUCAAGGUCCUCCAAAAAAGAGGAAUGCAUCGAUACGGGAUGGAAGAAGUUCAGCGAGAACUUCGAACGCUCCAGCUGAUAGCCGAGCAACCUAUGUCCAGGAACGGUGCAGCCUUCCUUCAAAAUAUGGUGGAGUCUUUUGAAAAUGAGCGCUUCGUGUUCAUCGUUCUCGUGCGCCGCUAUAUCUCCUGUGUAUUUUGCUCAUUACUCACACCUGUGUAUAUAGGAAUACCAUCCUACCCCACUCUCCGACCUCGAAAUUUCGUCCCGCCUGCGUCUAGGUCGAAUAUCAGGCAUCUCUACUUCCAUCUCUGUUCCAUACACCUUCCCAAUAGCGCCUAGCCGUCAGCAAGUGCACGCCGCACUACAUUCCCUGCGCCUUCUCUCCGCUGAGCUAGUACUCGCGGUUCUCUUCCUCCACGAAAAUGGAAUCAUCCACCAGGACUUGAAGCCCGCAAACGUGAUGGUCUCGGCUGCAGGACACGUUAUUGUCGGUGACUUUGGUGCUUCUUCUUACAUGGACAGAUGUGGGAACCGGGCCGGGGUAACGCUCCAGCCCACAGACGUCGUAACAUUCACCCCGCUGUACGCAGCUCCUGAGUUGAAGUGCCGUAACACAGAAGGACUGGUGGUG